AGCCAACGAUCAGUGAUUAUCAGUCGGGCAAGAACCAUCGUGUGGUAGAGAACUGCUCGGCGUGAGGCUGUGUAAACGAUACAUACAUAAUAAGCACAAUGGCACCGACCCGAUGGGGGAUCGCUGGCUGCGGUAAAAUAUCUUCCGACUUCGUUAACGCCGUCCAGCACCUGAAUGACCCUGACUUGGUUGUCGUGGCGGUUGCCGCUCGCUCCGUUGACUCCGCGCAGAAGUUUGCUGAGAAGUUCAAUGUGAAGAAAUUUUACGGCAGCUACCAGGCUCUCGCCGAAGAUCCGGAAGUUGAUGUCGUGUACAUCGGGGUUAUCAACACGACUCACCUGAGCGUGGGGCAGGCCAUACUAGCGGGGGGCAAGAACGUGCUCAUGGAGAAACCUCUUGCCGUCAACUUGCAGCAGACGCAGCAACUCAUCGCUGAGGCUAAAGCCUGCAACGUCUUCUUCAUGGAGGCUUUGUGGUCGCGCUUCAUCCCGACUUACACUGAAGUCAGAGCCAGGCUACAGCGCCAGGAGAUCGGACAAGUCAUGCACGCCUUCGUUUCCUUCGGAGUGCCGAUAGCCGACGUUCCGAGGCUCAAAGAAAAAGAACUCGGCGGAGGGUGUGUGAUAGACAUCGGGGUGUACGCCAUCAACUUCCUCCUGUGGGUCUUCGAUGAAGAAAAACCCAUCGAAAUAAAAACAAUGGGAACCUUGAACGAUCAGGGUCUGGAGAUGGAAGUGACCGCCAUCUUGAAGUUUUCUAACAACAGAUUCGGAACUAUUGUGCUAUCGACGUCAGCGCUGCUGCCCAACGAAGCCCACGUUUCUGGCACCAAAGGCACCAUCACGCUGAGGUCGCCCUUCUGGGCACCUCCACACCUCACGUCGCCGUCCGGCAACUUCGACUGCCCCCUCGAUCCUUCAGAGCGUAAAUACGAGUUCGGCAACAGCCAGUUCCUCAAGUAUGAAGCCCAACACAUCGCUUCUUGCCUCGAGAAAGGAGUUAAGGAGAGCCCCGUGAUGCCUCACAGCAGCAGCUUGCUUCUUGCAGAAGUGAUGCAGGAUAUCAGACAACAACUUGGUUCUUGGUUCUAGUGGCAUUCAAUGAGUAUCAACACCGAGACUUUACAAUUUUUUUAUCUACUGUAAAUAAAUUCUUAACAAGUU